AUGGCCGCCCCCGCUGCCACCGCUGAGCAGCUCGACAGGCGCGUCACGGCCAUCGCGCAGGAACUGGCCCAGCGCGCCGAGCGCCAGGCCUCGUGUGCAGAGCUCGCCGCCGUGCUGCAAGAGUACCGCGCCGCCUGCGACGCCCUGACCUUUGCCGAUUUUGAACACGCCGCCGCCGCCGACGUCGAGCAGAAGCUGUGGGCCGCCCAUCUGCGCGUCAACACCGUCUUCCGCCAGGAGCAUCGCAUUCUCCGCCGCUCCAAGGACCAUGUCGUCGAGAUCCGCAAGUUCCAGAAGCACUACCUGCACUUCAUCAAGGCCAGCCAGCGCUACUACCGCCAGUACAUCCUCAACCUCGACGCCCACGUCGACGGCAUCCCGGAGCUGCGCAAGAUCGCCCAGAAGUGGAAGGACGACGCUUCCAAGACUCCGCCGCGCCCGCGCAUUCCCGCCGCCCUCCGAAACACCGUCUUCCAGUCGUGCCACCAGACGCUGAUCCACCUCGGCGACCUCUCCCGCUACCGCGAAACCGAGCUCGUCGACAAGGACAAAGAGCGCAACUGGGGCCCGGCAAAAGGCUACUACGACCUCGCCGCCGAAAUCUACCCCGACUCGGGCCACGCGCACAACCAGCUGGCCGUCGUCUCGCGCGAAGAUGGCGACCACUUCCGCUCCGUGUACCACCUCUACCGCUCGCUCGCGUGCAAGCUGCCCUACCCGCAGGCCAAGUCCAACCUGGAGACCGAGUUCAAGCGCAUCAUCGCGGCCUGGGAGAAGGGCCAGCUGAUCAACAACCACAAAUCCGCCGACGGCAACACGGGCCGCGCGCUCGUGGCCUGGUUUGUGAGACUGCACAGCAAGAUCUACAAAGGCGAGGAGUUUGCCGCGCACGACGAGCUGGAAGGAGAAGUGCUCAGCCACCUCGCCAUCGAGCUGAAGGAACGCCCUCUAGACUCGAUCCUGCCCAAGAUCAUACUCAUCAAUCUUGCAGCCGAGUACUUCGCCACCGUACAGAUGCAGACCGCGAACCCGCCCGAGCACAUCAUGCGCACAUAUUUCUACUUCCUCCGACUGAACGUCAAGACCUUCUUCAUCCUACUGCAGGUACUGCAGCCCGAGCUCGAGCGUCUCUCCGAGGCCGACGAAGGCACUCACCAAAACGGCGACAACGCACGACAGCUGUCCGAUAAGAUCACCGCCGUUGCCCGCCGCAUCCUCCCCGGCCUUCGUCUCUACAGCACCUGGUUCGCGCGCUAUUGGCAGGUACUCAACGCUAACAUCGCCGACACCCUGACUACCGUCGAUGUGCAGGAGCUUUGGAAGGCGUACGCCGCGACUUUGACUCUCUUGACCUCGAGCUUCCCGGUCGACCAGCUGCCAAAGGAGAAUUACAUGCUGGAAGAAGACACCGAUACGCUUGGCUUCCAGCCACUGAUGUCACCCGACACCAUCAAGGUGUGGUACAAUGGCGAGGCUCUGAAGUCAAAGUGGACAGACGUCGAGCGAAAUCAUCCCAAUGUGGAGAUGCUCAUGCGCAUCAAGGACUUGCUGAUUGACGGACUGCUCCUGACACAGAACGCAGAGGCGCCUUUAGACCUGGCUGGUACUCGCUUCAUCUACCGCGAAGCCGGCCUUCCAUCCGAGCUGCUUGCAAGCCCCAACACCCGCGCAGACGGCUCACCUGUCCUCUCACCACGAACUGUAGAAAUGCCGCUGUUCCCUCCAAGCGCGCCCAUUCCUGACGACCAGAAGUCGUUCAGUGUUGCGCCAUCCGAGUCUGCAUCCACCACCGUUGCUAAGGACACGGCAAUGCGCUCAAUGGUCGAUGAUCUAGUUGGCGCUGAUGAUGGUUUGGACCCCCUGCCCGAGGAAGAUGAGGACAUGCCGCCAACACCCCCUGAACAGACUUUCGAGGACACGGCAGUGGUCAACGAUAACACUUAUGCCCCUGCGCCGUUCUCCAUCAGCGACCUGGUGAACUCUGUCAAGAACUACAAGCCCUUGUCUCCUUCUCCAGGUGCUGCUUUGCUCUCAGCUUCGAUGCAAAGGUCGGGCUCCACUUCAUCGAUGCGCGGGCCUGUGCACUUGCCCUCCCUCCCUGACGGUCAGUGGAAUCAGAAUUCGAUCUGGUCUACAGGUGUGCACGGCUCGCCCAAUCCCUCCUCGCCAGCGAUGAUGAACGGAAAUGGAUUUGGGUCUCGAUCACCGAUGAACGGCGUCGCCUCGGGCUUCCCGGGCCACGUCCGCACUGGAUCUGCCACGUCGCAACUGAGCACCGACGCCACGACUCCGACAGCUGCCAGGGCUUCCCGGCCCAUUAGUGGUGGGCUUGGAAACGGCGCGACUUGGGGAAACCCAAAUCUGAGCACCGGUACUUGGGGGUCGUUCUCUGGCAGCAGCUACAAUGGCUUCCAGAACAGCUAUGCCCAGAAUGUGCAUAUGGCUAGCCCCUUGAUGUUCAGCUCCUACCAGGACAAGGCUCAGAGCUCCUGGGGUCGCACACCUCCGAACGGCCAGGGCGGUUGA